AGCUGCCGCAGUAACAAAUAAACACUGGCGCCUUUCUAUGCUACUCGUGCAUCAGACUAUAGGAAGCCGACUUGGUCGUUCGAGAAAUGCUCUCCUUUAACACCACCCAACCUCCCGGAGCGCGCUGGAGGAGGAAACGAGGACGGUGGUAGGCGUCAUGGGGCAGUGCGUCUCGAGCGGCUCCGCCAGCGCCAACAGCAGCGGCAAUCUCGAUAAACCAAACUCCCGCUGCCAGGCCCCCAGUUGCCAGAAGGCUUGCGAUCCGGGGUCCAGGUCGCGAUACUGCCCUCAGCACGCUGUGUGUAGGCGGCAGGGAUGUGCGAGGCCGCGAUACCGCAAGGGCCCAUACUGUCAAGAGCAUCUACGACCAGAUACGUGUCGGGUAUCCAAGUGUUCCAACGAGCAGGUCAGGGUUCACGAUGCCCGCUUCACUAAUCGUCUCUGCUGGGACCACCAGCCCGCCGAGGUCCGCGAAGCUUGGUUCAACGGUACCCUAUUCCCAGAAUGUGGAACCGCUGGGGCGGACACGACCGAUUACCAGCAGCAACGCACUCGGCGGCGUUGUUCGCGCCAGAAGCCCAAUCCCACGGUGGCAGAGGUCGCUCCAGCACUGGUGUAUGAACCACCGGUAUACGUUUCCCAAGCCUCCUCGCCCGACUCAGAUAAUGAUGACGCCCGUGACGUUGGCCACCAACUAUCUACGAUAGGAGAAGAAGCCGAGGUUGCGUCCCCGCCGGCCAAGGAACCACGAGCUUCUCACCCGGAAACAGCGCCAGGGACGCCGACCGCGCGUCGCAGUCAAAAGACGGUCCAUUUCGCCGAGCCUCCUCCUCGAGUCUCCUCUCCAGAGAAGCACCAGGUUGUGGCGGUGGACGUCUGGACGGCCGCUGACCCAGUCCCCUCCACCUAUACCUCGGAAACCCGUCUUCGGUCUUCCCGCCACCGGCGCAGCGCUGACGGCCGGUACGAAACCCGUUCGUCGCCCAAGACCUCGGGCAGCGCUGUCGGCCCAGUCACGCAUAACCGCGAGAAGCGUAGGAGCACCGGCAGCGUCCCCAACAAGCCAGCCGACGCCAAGCGGGCGCUGAGAUCAAGGUCCAGGCCUUGAAGAUAACACUGUAAACAUUGCCAUAGGAAUAGCCUCCGACAUUGCGUUCCGUGAGCACCUGACCCGUGUCCGGCCCGAUUGCUCAACUUUGGUCCAUCGUCAUUCCCCUUUCCGACCCAUUAUAUCGCGCAUUUAUGCAGAAAGCCCUGUAUCUCUCUGCGUGUGGGGGUCACGGACGCAGGAGCACACGCCGCAAGAGAGUGUCCUAGAGGUAGGUCCAUUGUGGUAUCCCUCAACAGCGGUAUAGAGGGCUCCACCCUUUGUCGUCGGCUGCGGUAAUUUGGCGGGGUAAUGGCGGGGUACGGGCACAAACUAAGCGCUACAACCUACCUACCUACGCUACCUCCAGAAUAAACCACCUCAGAUGUAGCCCGUACCUAACCGCACCUCACAAGAGCCUCUCCGCCAGCCCCCC